AUGCGCGGCAAGGGGCGCGGCGAGAUCUGUAGGAAGGACCGCGCAGGAGAGGACGGAUGCACUUUCGCCAGCCACCCGCUGCCGGGAGACUACACUUUCGCCAGUACGGCACUGGCCGCCGCCGGCAACGGCGACAUGGAGAGCUUGGACGAGGUCGAGUCGGCGCUGCACAGCCACGACGAGGUAGCGUGCGAGAUCUCUGACCGGUGGCUGCAGGUGGCUGCGGAGGAGGGUCGCGGCGUCGAGUACGCUCUGAGCGACCUUGCCGAGUGCAUCAGGCUGCUCAUCGGCCGCGUGCGGGAGGACAGCAGCCACGCCGACAAGGCGGCGAGGCUCAAGGCGUUGCGCGAGGCGGUGCACCUCAACUUUGGGGCCGCAGGCGGCGAGUACGUGCGGCCUCCGGUGGAGCUCGCGACUGUGCACAAGGCAAAGGGCCUUGGCUGGCCCGUCGUCUACUUGCUCGAGCCGUCCGAGAUCCCGUUUGAAUUUGUGCUCAAGCAGGGCGGCUGGCAGGCGCGGCAGGAGCUCAACGUGCAAUACGUGGCGUACACGCGCGCCGAGCAGACCCUGAUUUUCCUGCGCGAUGCCACGCCGCAGCCCAAGCCGGAGGGCUUCUCUCUUCGCGACGCCCUCGCCACCACGCUAUGGCCGGAGGGACAGGGCGGGGCGGGCGGGCAGGGUGCGGCUGCUGCGGGCGCUGCCAGCCAUGCCCAUCCUCGCGACCGGUACGAGUGGAGCGCCGAAGGCGCGUUUCAUGAGUACCGCAGCUCCCACCAGCAGCGCGCGGCGAAUGACGCCGCAGAGGAGCAUGCCGAGGAGGCGCUGGCCUCGGCCCGCGAUGUGCUGGGGCUACCCCCGCCGCCCACCGCUCUGAGCGAGGCGCAGGUGGACCGAGCGUACAAGGACCAGGCCAGGAAGCUGCAUCCGGAUCGCUGCGACGCGGCGGACGCGACCAAGCGGAUGCAGGAGGUGGUCGCGGCGCGGGAUGUUCUGAAGGAUUAUCUCCAGCGGGACCGGGAGUUCGCGCCCGACGAGGUGGUGUAA